AUGCCUCCGAAGAAAGGGUUAACCCAGGAAGAGAAAUUGUCAGCACUCUUAAACUGGUUUCAAUCAGAUCAUAUGUUUUACACUCUAAAAGAAAUAGAAUCAAAAGCAAGCAAACAAUGCAAAAUACCACCCAUGCAAAUGAAAGAACUAGUGUUGGCCCUAGUUGAAGAAGGAUUAGUAGAGCAAGAUAGAUGUGGAACCACAAACCUAUACUGGAGUUUCCCAUACUUACAACACAAAAAGCAGCAAGAAACCCACGAUCGUUUGAACCGGACUAUUGCUAAUUUAGAAACGGAAAGAGAUAGUUUAAUUUGCCGAUGCAAAGACGAAACUGGUGUACGUAAUCAAACCCACGAGAGGGCCAGUAAAAUCCGGUUUUGUGAUCAGUCACUGGAACGGAUAGACUCAAUACAAAGUCAGUUGCAGUCGCUUAAAGAUUCGGAAUCUGUGGAGAAUUUGGUAACGAGCCUUGCCUUCUUCAGUGAUUCUAUUGACGAUAUCAUUUGUUAUUUAAGUCGCCAAACAGGGCUUACAAUGACAACUUUGAAGACAGAAUUUGAACUUCCUUUAGAAUUUGAAGAAAUCCGUCCAGGAACCACAAAAUAG